UCAGAGUUAUUCACUCUCCAGCUUCCGGUUUCACUCUGGACGUCAGCGCGCGUGAACUCGGGAAAGAUAUAUCGAGACUUUUCUCUGGCAUCCAGGACUUUUAAUUCUGUUCUAACUGUGGUUUGGAAUGACCACUGAACACUUAUUCCGUUCAUGGACUUAGUACUGGCUUACUCAAUCUUUCGUAGCACUUCAAAGAGAAAGAAGAUCACCUGUAACAGUUGACCGAUGACACCUGUUGUCUUUUCUGCGCUCGGUUUAAGAUAAUCUGUGAAUCUGUAAACAAACCACGGGGAUAUUUGAACGUUUGAUGACGCAGUUACGAUGAAAGUGACUGUAAAUUUCGGGGAAACGAGGAUUGUCGUCCCGUGUAAAGACAGCUGGAUGGUACGGGAUUUGAUUGAUCAAGCCACUCUAAGAUACAAGAAGAUUAUUGAACAGGAUGGGGAAUUCCUGGUGCGCACGCUCCAUGUGGAGUAUAUGGACGGGGGGAUCCUGGACCCAGAUGAUAUGCUAAUAGACCUGGUGGAGGACAAAGACAAGCUGAAGGCUGUGUUUGAGAAGACGGAGCUCCAGCAGAGGGCGAUGGUGAGUCCUGGAGGGAGUGUGGCGUCCGGUCGCUCCAGCCCUGACCCCUCUGAACCUGAGCUCAGCGUCCUGCAGCCCUACCUGGGCAGUGAGAUAGAGGUCACCCCCUCCACACUCAAAUCAACCACUCCUCUAUCCGUGCGAAGCAGCAGUGACCCCGCCCUCGCCCCGCCCCUGGAUGUCAAUUCAAUGGACCCCGAGGACCCCAGCAGACCCCAGUCCACUGGUGUUGGUCAUGCGUCCGCUGUGAAGGGAGGAGCCAUGGACAAACCCAAGGUGGACGUCCCCAACUCCAGAACUGGACAAUUCGACUUAAGAAGUCUAACACGGACAGUAGAUAUUUCUGGAGACCUCGGGCCUUUGGGCAUCAAAGUCAUAUCAUACUGCUCCUCACUGAGUGGAAGGACUCUGGGUCUAAAUAUCCGAGCCAUCGAGAAGAACAGCCGCUCCGAACAAGAGGGGAUCUUUGAAGAGGACGAGUGCAUCGUGCAGAUCAAUGACACCGAGUUAAUAGACAAGUCCUUUGCUCAGUCUCAAGAGGUGUUUCGCAAAGCCAUGUCUUCACCCACCAUACGUUUGGAGGUGCUUCCUGUCGCCAACAAGCUCCGCUAUGAGAAGAGCCUCAUCGGGCAGCUUUUCAACAACACUGAACCAGACCCUGUGGUCCCUAAGGUCAAGAGUCCUUUCUUGGUUCAUAAACUCAUAAGCAAUACAUCUACGCCAUCUCCAGAGCCACCUGCCUCACAAACCCCGCCCCAAAAGGAGGAGGAGAUUCAGCCUGCAAGACACACCCCCAUUGAAACAGACCAUCGCAGAGCCACGCCUUCUCCUCCGGUCAGUGCGUCACCCACCCUGAAAGAUCGCAGCGAGAGCCCCACCCCCAAAAAGACCCCUGCCCUAACCACACUAGUUAAUACGAACAACAAAAAGCCUGGGAAGAAAAUGAAGAUCGAUUUGAAGAAAGGUACUGAGGGCCUAGGAUUCACCGUGGUAACCAGAGACUCAUCCCUUCAUGGUCCAGGACCCAUUAUGGUCAAGAGCAUCAUGCCCCGCGGAGCUGCUGUUAAAGAUGGACGGCUCAAGUCUGGAGACCGUAUCCUGGAGGUGAAUGGAGUGGACAUCACAGGACGCACACAAGAGGAACUGGUGGCUAUGCUGCGGAGCACCAAACUGGGAGAAACCGUGUCUCUUGUAGUCGGAAGACAUGAGGAAUUUUUGCCCAGAGAACUGAAAGGAGAACCAGCAGGUCCACUUCUGUCUGAGGACGGGCGAGAGCAGCUGAUGUUUGAAGUUCCUUUGAAUGACUCCGGCUCAGCUGGUCUAGGGGUCAGUCUGAAGGGUAAUAAGUCUCGAGAGACUGGAGAAGACCUGGGCAUCUUCAUCAAGUCCAUCAUCCACGGCGGCGCUGCACACAAGGUGAACUUCACCAAAUGCUGUUACAGAAAUAUGAAUACUCCUCUCCUCAAUCAAUCCAGCCAGGCAGCAGGUGUUGUGUCUGUGUGUAGAUAAGGGCACAUCUACUGUCUCCUAUCAGCAGUGUAAUCAAGAGUGGGCUCACAGGUGGAGCUGCAUCUCUGGCCUCUAUCAGCACUCCAGUGGAGAGUGGGCUCAGAGAGCAAGCUGCAUCACAGGCCCCCAUCAGAGAGACGCUCAAAGAAAUAGACAUUUUCAGAGGCUGAGCUCUUCAUUUGACUUCUGAUGUUCACCCUUAUCACUCUCUCUCUGGAUUCUGUUGCUCCUCUAGCAUUUACACUCCGGGAUUGAGAUCAAAUGGGCAUGAAUUUUAAAAACUGCAUGCUCAUUUCUGCAAUAAAUUGUUGUAUUAUUCUGCCAGUUAAUGAAUUAAAACAUGCUGAAGGCCAUCUUGGGUUGUGAGCUUCCAGAGUGUCUGCUUAUGUAUGCAUGAGUAUAUUUACUCAAUAGAUGGACACAAGUGUUUGUGUCCGUUCUGCCUGAGACCCCCUCCCAGAGCGGUAUCGGUGGUCUGCGGUCAGUGACCUCGCCCAGGGGUCAGGUUCAUCCACUGUGACACAGACUCUCAGGAGUCUUUAGCGGCUCCAGUGGCUUUUAGCUGCUAAUUAG